AUGAAGAAACUAAUUAAGUCAAUGGGCGCCAACAAGACUGAGAAUGCGAUCACAAGGGCAAGCAAGGCUUCAGGAGGAGUUACGAAGAUUGUCGAAGCACAUGAGCAGCAAGUUAACAUUCAUCCAAAAUCUUCAACUCAUUCACAUAAGUCGUCAACUAAUGACGAAAAGGUUAUCAGCAUGGACUUGCGAGGUUUAAGACCUUUCGAGAAAGAAGAAGGCAGAACUUUUGAAUCAUUUGCAGAGGUUUCCCAUGACCCAACCUCAUCGUUCGACCAAGGAAAGUUUGCAGAAUGGAUUGAACGACACAAGAAGAACAUCCUGAUGCACUAUACUGUUGCUGAUGACCAAGAGGAAUCUUGUGAGUAA